CUUCACCUUUGCCAUCACACUUUCCAUCUUCCAUUCCAACAAUAUAUCCAUUGCAUACACUUUUCUACUUUCAUUCACUCAUAAUUACAACAUCCAAUUGCCCACCAUGGAUGCACACCCUACCCAUCCCACCCCAGAUGCAGAGAAGCAGACUCUCCCAACACCCUGCGAUGACAUGGACAAGAAGAUAUCGGCAUUCAAGUCUCUUGGAUUGCUUGAUCGCUUCCUGGCCGUAUGGAUCUUUCUCUCCAUGGUUAUCGGCAUCCUGCUCGGCAACUUUGUCCCCAACAUUACAGAGGCCUUUCAAAAGGGCGAGUUUGUCGGCGUCUCGGUGCCCAUUGCCAUUGGUCUGCUCGUCAUGAUGUAUCCUAUUCUCUGCCAAGUAAAAUAUGAGACGCUGCACAACCUGGUCCGCGACAAGAAUCUCUGGAAGCAAAUCGGCUUCAGCGUCGUUGUCAACUGGCUUGUAGCGCCCUUCUUCAUGCUGGCUUUGUCGUGGGUCUUUCUUCCUGAUCAGCCUGACCUCCGCACUGGCCUUAUUCUCGUUGGUCUCGGCCGUUGCAUCGCCAUGGUGCUCAUCUGGAACGGCCUCGCAGGCGGCGACGCAGAAUACUGCGCCAUCCUGGUUGCCAUCAACUCCAUCCUGCAAAUGGUACUCUUUGCUCCUAUGGCCAUCUUCUUCAUCAGUGUCAUUAGCCACAACGGCAGCACACUCAUUAACAAGCUAUCUUAUGGCGUUGUUGCCCAGAGCGUCGGUGUCUUCCUUGGCCUUCCCCUUGGAGCUGCCAUUGUGACUCGCUUCGGCAUCCGCAAGCUAUUCGGACAUGAAUGGUAUGAGGGCACCUUUAUCCGCUUCCUAGCUCCCUGGUCGCUCAUUGGCCUGCUCUACACCAUCAUUGUCCUCUUCGCCUCGCAGGGCAAGCAUGUUGUGCGCCAGAUCGUUUCGGUCAUCCGUGUGGCCGCACCCAUGAUUGUCUACUUCAUCGUCAUCUUCUUCGUUACUUUAUGGAUUACGCGCAGGCUGGGCUUUGGCUACAAACAUGGCUGCACGCAAAGCUUCACCGCAGCCAGCAACAACUUUGAGCUCGCCAUUGCUGUGGCCGUCGCCACCUUUGGCCCGGACAGUGAUGAAGCCCUUGCCGCUACGGUUGGGCCAUUGAUUGAAGUUCCCGUGCUAAUUGCAUUGGUAUAUUUAAUCAAGUAUCUCGGCAAGCGUUGGCAGUGGAAAGAAUAGUGAGUGUGGCAAAAUCAAUAAAGUAUUGUCUGCCACCAACGAAUAUAUAUCCGUUGUGGGAAUAAUAGUAGUAAUAGAGGUAAUAAUAAUAUACAAUAAACAUAAAAAAAGAAAUAGGAUCAUCCUGUAUGACUUUUUGUUUCCACUUGCGCCCCCCUCCUUCUUCUCCGAAGAAAAAUGAUGAAACAAAAAACAAUCCUGUUCGCUUUUUUGGGACCUUGGAACCAUUCGUCAGGUCGUCAUCAUCGUCUGCUCGCUCCUCACAAAUAUGCUUCGUUACAUGUGUCGUCAAAACUUGAGCAAAAUGAUGCGCUAAAUCACAAAUACAGCGGUAGACGUCAUCAUCUUCCUCCUUCUACUUCGCGUAUCCAAACAAAUGCUGAUGCAAUGCGUGCUCUCCGUACACCUUUUUUUGAUAAGGCCUGCUCUCUGUGGAGCGGCGCGGCAGCCUGCGUGCGUGCGUGCUUGCUGUACAUGUUUGACCUUUAUGUCAGCGGCGGACAAAACCUGCCCCCGAAUGAAAGGGCCCAGUUUUGGUUUGAAAAUUGGAGAGUGGCUUUGCACUCUCACUAUUCAUGGCCUCGUUACUCAUGCUGGGCCAUGGCCGUCCAUAAUCUGGAACAAGAGAGUGUUUUUGACCAGACACUCACAUUCCUGUUUGCACCCCAUCUUGGCCUUGUACUGAUCCGUGGUUCCAGUGCCCUGCAUUUGGGCAAUAAUCUGGGCAGCAGUAUUACAAGACAUGAGCAGGGGCGAGCUAGGCGGCUGAUGGCGCAUGUGAGGGUCGUCAUGGUGGUGCUGGGAUGGGGUGGUGGGCAUAGUGACAGUCCGAGAGCUAUGGGGGCUGGCAAUGUUGGAGUCGACAGAUCCAGACGAUCUUUGCCCGCUCGCAGAGCUUUCACUGACACUGGCAUCCGCAAGAACGGCCAGCUUAUCGACUAGAUCGCGGUGGUGUCUGCUAGACGGCGCUCCCAGCCACUGACCCUGAACAUCGGGCUUGUGCUCGUCGUCAGAUCGCGAGAGAUCGUCUGCAUAUUGGUCCUCGUGCUGGAACGACUCGAGAAAGUUGCUAAUCUCCAUUGGGCUUACACCUUGGCGCUGCAGCAGCAUCUUGAGACGGGAGUUUUCCAUAGCAACAGUGCGUGCUGCCUGCUGCAUCUCCAGUGUUGCUUCGACACCACGGCGCUCCAAUUCGGCCAGACGCUUCUCCAUGCCCUCGACAUAUUCCUUGCGACGUGCACGGGAGCGACGCUGGUUUUCUCUGAUUCGGGCAGCCGCCGGGUUUGUCGAGGCAGACGAUUCCUUGGUCGGAGCGGGCAUAGUUUUUUUGCUUUUUUGUUUGUAUAACGGUAUAGGUGGUGUUUUGACAGGAAAAAGAGUUGUAGCAAUUGGCCGUGAUUAAUUUUUUAAGAAUAUCGAUAUUCGCCUACGAAUCCAUUCAGAGUCUUCUCACGCGAUUUUAUCAAUCAGGCGGGUGUAAAUUGGGUGUUUGUCGGCGGUGGCAGGCAGUGUUGCAACCGCACAAAAUGGGCAGCGAGAAAAGUCUGAAGACAUCUCCGUGGUGGG